GCCGGAGCGCACCAUGGAGGCGGCGGCGGGCGGCCGCGGCGGCUUCCAGCCGCACCCGGGGCUGCAGAAGACGCUGGAGCAGUUCCACCUGAGCUCUAUGAGCUCGCUGGGCGGCCCGGCCGCCUUCUCGGCGCGCUGGGCGCAGGAGGCCUACAAGAAGGAGAGCGCCAAGGAGGCAAGCGCGGCUGCGGUGCCGGCGCCGGUGCCCGCGGCCGCGGAGCCGCCGCCCGUGCUGCACCUGCCAGCUAUCCAGCCGCCGCCGCCCGUGCUCCCCGGGCCCUUCUUCAUGCCGUCCGACCGCUCCACCGAGCGCUGCGAGACCGUGCUGGAGGGCGAGACCAUCUCGUGCUUCGUGGUGGGCGGCGAGAAGCGCCUGUGCCUGCCGCAGAUCCUCAACUCGGUGCUGCGCGACUUCUCGCUGCAGCAGAUCAACUCGGUGUGCGACGAGCUGCACAUCUACUGCUCGCGCUGCACGGCGGACCAGCUGGAGAUCCUCAAAGUCAUGGGCAUUCUGCCCUUCUCGGCGCCCUCGUGCGGGCUCAUCACCAAGACGGACGCCGAGCGCCUGUGCAACGCGCUGCUCUACGGCGGCGCCUACCCGCCGCCCUGCAAGAAGGAGUUGGCCGCCAGUCUGGCGCUGGGCCUGGAGCUCAGCGAGCGCAGCGUGCGUGUGUACCACGAGUGCUUCGGCAAGUGUAAGGGGCUGCUGGUGCCCGAGCUCUACAGCAGCCCGAGUGCCGCCUGCAUCCAGUGCCUCGACUGCCGCCUCAUGUAUCCCCCGCACAAGUUCGUGGUGCACUCCCACAAGGCGCUGGAGAACCGGACCUGCCACUGGGGCUUCGACUCGGCCAACUGGCGGGCCUACAUCCUGCUGAGCCAGGACUACACAGGCAAGGAGGAACAGGCGCGCCUUGGCCGCUGCCUGGACGACGUGAAGGAGAAGUUUGACUAUGGCAACAAGUACAAGCGGCGGGUGCCCCGGGAGCUGGAGUUUCUGCGUGUGGCCAAGAAGGAGAAGCUGCGGGAAGCCACGGAGGCCAAGCGCAACCUGCGGAAGGAGAUCGAGCGCCUCCGAGCCGAGAAUGAGAAGAAGAUGAGAGAGGCCAACGAGUCCCGGCUGCGCCUGAAGCGGGAGCUGGAGCAGGCGCGUCAGGUGCGGGUGUGCGACAAGGGCUGCGAGGCCGGCCGCCUGCGCGCCAAGUACUCGGCCCAGAUCGAGGACCUGCAGGUGAAGCUGCAGCACGCGGAAGCGGACCGCGAGCAGCUACGGGCCGACCUGCUUCGGGAGCGCGAGGCCCGCGAGCACCUGGAGAAGGUGGUGAAGGAGCUGCAGGAGCAGCUGUGGCCGCGGCCCCGCCCCGAGGCUGCAGGCGGCGAGAGCACGGCCGAGCUGGAGCCCUAGCGGAGCCCACUGUCUGCCGCCGAGGUGCGGACGCCGCAGGGAGCGGGCGGGCGGGCGGCCCACGCCAGCGGGGGCUGGGGGGGGGGGCUCUGCGUGCCGGCGGGCCCACCCCCACGUCCACAUAGCACAACGUCUUACUGUGCCUAUAACCAAGCGAGUGUUUGGAACCACAUACUUUUGGAAUCCACUGCAAAAUUUUCUACUGGCCAAGUUCAAAUGCGCAAGCCGGGUUCCCAGCCGCAGCCGGAGCCAAGGGCUCCGCGCCUGCAGCGGCCCUCUGCUUGCUGGAACGUUCUAACAUUUACAUUUUUGUUAUAAGCUAUUUAAAACCAAUAAGAAGACUUGAUACUCAGAAAAAUCAACAGGUUUUUUUAAUGACUAACUUUUAAAAGCCCCACCAACACGUGAUGCCAUCCGAGGACCUGCUGAGGGAGCUGGGGUGCAGUCGCCCCGCCCCGCGAAGCCAUCGCAGCUCGUCCGUGGCCGCAAGAGGACAGGGAGGGUUUUCUCCAGAGUCUAUUUUUUCAGCGAUGAGGACCCAGGCCUCCUGUGCCGCCGCCGGGAAGAGCAGGGAGGGCACGGCGAGCCGGGCCACCUGACCGCCCGCCUGCCCGCCUGCCUGCCAGGCAGCCCCGGGGGGCGCAGUGAGUGCCGGGCCUGCUCCGCCUCAGCCGCCCUCCCCGGCCCGCUCCUGUCGCGUCAGGACUGAGGCUGCAGCGUUGGAACAAAACAGCAUUACUUCACUUUUUUUUCUUUUUGUUUGUUCAUUUAAACAUAUAUUUAGAACUGCACUUUGUCAAAAAUCUUCCCUUCUCUUUUUAUUCCCCAGUUAACUGAGGUUUUUACUUUUCAAAUAUUGCAAACCCAUUUAUAGAGCAGUCCACAUCCUAAGUGCUCGAGUGUUUAGAAACCCCCUCUGGUGCUUGGUUGAACAAGGGAAUCACAAAACGAAAAUGCAAAAACUGAACUUCGGGGGGUAGUUCUGUGCCUUCCAGCAUCUUGUACAGCAAAUCCUGACUCGUCUUUUUACCCCCGAGACACCUGUCUUUAGACUGAAUCUGCCACUAUCAGAAUAAGUUACUUGCAUUUAUUCCAAAUAAUCUCGUUUACUCUCAACUGUUCAUGCAAAUUGUAUAAGGUUUUUUAUGCCCAAGCUUGAAAAAUGAUUUCCCAGUAGACGAGAGGCGGCUACCCAUCCUGAAAUUACGGUAUUUAUGUACAUGAGAAAGAUCUUACCAGAAUUCUUCGCUUGACCCCGUUCUAACGCCGAGGCAGCUGUGAGCGCAGACGGAGGUGGAGACUGCUGGCCCAGGUGCAGGCGCCGCCCGCCGCCACGACCAGCAGAGGCUUGGUGACCAUGUCAUCUGCAGGGUUCUCGCCCGUGGUUUACUGGGGGGAGGGGCGCAGGUGCUGCUGGACCCCCCUUCUAAAGUGCAAUGCAAAAGGGACACCAUAUAUAUGCAGCGUUUGUUUGGAUUUUUUUUUUUUUGCUUUUGUUUUUUUUGCAGUUAUGAAAUCUGUAUGCAUGGAAUGUUAAACCUCUGCCGUAUGUAUACCCAUCGAUGGGCAUUAUUACCGGGUCCUGGAAGGGGCCGGUUGUGCUACACAACACUCAGAAUGCUGUGUUUAGCCUUGUUUUUCCAGAGUUGUGUUUUUUCAGUCAUUUCUUCAAGGGAAACUAAAUGAUUUCGUCGGAGCAGGCUUUAAGUGUGCCCUCGUGCUUCUGGGCUGCGGUGCUCUGUUGCCAGGAGAGAUCAAAGGGCCCCUGCGGCCCGGCCCCCCGGGGCCACCCGUUCACUUUUUGGUUUGGGGCUCCAGAGGGCGGUGAGCUUCUCUUGAGUUCUGUGCAGGGGCCCCGCCUCCCGUCGCCCUCGCCCUGCCCGCCUCCGGUCACCAUCUCGACCGCUGGGUCCACGCCUCCACUUGCCAGCUUCGUCCCGGAAGGUCGGGAAGAGCUGGACGCGCCGCCGCCGCCCGGGCCCGCCCCUCCCAUCCCCACCCGUCCCCGCCCGAGGGGCCUGCGGCCCGCCAGAGCUGGGGUGGGGGGGACCUGCCGUCCCCGGCUCCCCGGGCACCAGCAGCUCGGGCUCUCCUGGGCAGCUCCCUGGGUGAAGCUGGGGGGGUGGGGGCGCAAUCGGCUCGUUCUGGCCGCUUCCAUCCGAGGGGGUCCAAGACCUGGCUUUCGUUCGUGCAGCUGCGGUUCAGUUUCUCUGCAGAAGGGAGAAGAGUCUAUCUUGUCGGCUGCUGACGCUCCCUGUGUGUAAUACCCAUUAUCCAGAUGAUUGUGUAUUCAGUUUAAUUACUCAUUAUUUCUAUGCUGAAAGAGGAUUUUUAACGAAGGGAAAAACAACAGCAAUAACAUUCAUAUCUUUGGAGCAGCUAACUCACACAUAAUAUCCUGCUUUUCGUACAGAACUAGCCCCAUGUAAAAACAGUCCCCUGUAAAUACUGUUCCUUGGCACUGUUGUAUCACACGCGUAUACAGUGGCUCCUUUCUCAGAAACUCGUUUCUUACCUGGUAGUUGUCUUGUUUUCUGGGUUGUUUUGAACUGAGGAAGAACAGCUCACCUGCCCGAGGGGACGGACCCUCCGCCAGCCCCCAUGGCACCCCUGAGCCCCCCACCCCUGGGCUCCGUCCUCCCUGCCCCUGCCCGCCCGCCUGCCCACCCACCUACCUACCCACCGCGUCCACCAGGCUCGAGAGGCCGUCUUGUUCUUGCUUUAAGUCAGGAGUCACAAGCGACAUUUUUUUUCAAGUAAGGAAAAAACCCUCACAUCCGCCAGGAGCGUCUGCAUCGCUGUCCGCGUUCCCUCCUUCGCUGCUGCUAAUAACAACAGGAUGACUUACUCUACUAUCGAAAACUAUUUUUAUGUAAUUAAUGUAUGCUUUCUUGUUUAUAAAUGCCUGAUUUAAAAAGAAAAAAGAAAAAGCUUGGCAUAUUUAUCUACUUCGCUGUGUACCCGUUAGUCCUUUGGCGCCCCUCCCCCAAACAGAUGACAUUGUACAAUAAAGGACU